UGACAGAUGGUGUCACAAACUAUAGCUGUGGCAGUUGCCACGGCGGCACUCGGCCUCCUGAUUGGUGGUCUGAUUGGUCACUUCGGCACUGAGACCGUCUCGGACAGCGACAAAGAGAAGAUCAGCGUGAUGGGCAGACUGGUGACGGAUAGAUGGAAGUCUGAGGAGAACAUUAAUAAGAGGAUUAUUGACCUGGUCAGCACAGAUAACCUCAGAAACAACCUCAUGGAGCUGACCAAGAGGCCCCACCUGGCCGGCACUGAGAGGGACGACCAGCUCGCUAUCAUGAUACAAGAUCGCUUCCUGAAGUUGGGCUUCGACACUGCUGAUCUUGUUCCUUAUGAUGUCCUUCUCUCUCGCCCCAACCACACCAAACCCAACCUGAUCACCCUUAUUGACGGUGCUGGCAAAGUUGUCUUCACAAGCGCCUACACGGAGACCCCGCUGCAGCAGGAUGAUGACGACCCAGAGUUCGUCCACGCCUUCAAUGCCUUCUCGCCUGCAGGGGACGUGGAGUCUGAGGCCGGGCGAGGCGUCGUGUACGCUAACUACGCCAGGGUUGAGGACUUCGACACGCUGGAGAAGCUCAACGUCAACGUCUCUGGCUCCAUCGUCAUCGCUCGCUAUGGCAAGAUCUUCAGAGGCAACAAGCUGCUACACGCCCAGGAUCGAGGAGCCAAGGGCUUGAUCCUGUUCUCGGACCCCGAGGAUGUGGCCCUGGAGGGCGUGGAACCCGAGAAGGUGUACCCCAACACCUGGUGGCUCCCUGGCACCGGCAUGCAGAGAGGCACCACUUAUAUGGGCAGCGGUGACCCUCUCACUCCCUCCUGGCCUUCUACAGCUCACGCCUACAGACUGAAGGAAGAGGACGCCAACCUGGCCAAAAUCCCCUGCCAGCCCAUAGGCUACGACAACGCCCGAGCUAUUCUGGAGAAGAUGGGCGGCACCCCGGCCCCCGGGGCGUGGAAGGGCGGCCUGACGGGCGUGGCAUACAACCUGGGGCCGGAGUUCCUGGACCAGUACCGUUCCUACCGCCUCAGACUCAACACCCACAAUACCCUGCAGGUUCGCCGCUCCUACAACGUUAUCGCCACCAUCAGGGGAGACGUGGAGCCUGAUCGCUACGUGCUGUUGGGGAACCACCGUGACGCCUGGGGGUACGGGGCCGCUGACCCCUCCAGCGGCACCGCCCAAAUGCUGGAGACAGCCAGAGUCCUCGGCCAGCUCAUCACAGAAGGUUGGCGACCACGACGAACUCUGGUGUUGUGCAGCUGGGGCGCGGAAGAGUAUGGCCUCCUAGGCUCCACGGAGUGGGUCGAGGAACACGUGAACAAGCUACAGGAGCGGGCGGUGAUGUACCUCAACACGGACACCUGCGCCUCGGGCCCCAUCAUCGAAGUGCCCGGCAGCCCCCUUCUUUGGGAUCCCAUCACCAUGAUUACCAAAAUGGUGCCAGGUGUUCGUAAUGGUGCCACGAUAUACGAGGAGUGGGUAGCAUUUCACACUAUGCGGAAUAAAACCUCACCUGAGAUGGAAACUUUGGGAUCUGGAAGCGACUACGCCCCAUUUUCUUUCUACUGUGGCAUCCCAUGUCUGGAUCUGUGGUUUAGGAGAGACAAGAAUAAGCACGAUAUAAGCAUCUACCCCUCAUACCACACUGGCUACGAGACGUUCUACAUGAUGGAUAAAAACAUGGACCCGGGCUUCAGGAUCCACCAGGGCUGCAGCCGGGUUGCCGCCCUCACCCUCAGGUACUUCGCGGACUCCGUGCUUGUGCCGUACAGCCUGGAGCACCUGCCUAAGGCCAUGAAGGAUGCUCUCGAUACCCUCAGGAAAGGCGGCAAGCGAGACAAACUCAUCAAUAUAUAUGACAAGUAUUCUCUUCUUGAAGAGUCACUGAUGAACUUCACGGACGCGACAGCUGUCUUCGUCAGGGACCUGAAGGAGAAGAGGACUGAGGACUUGGAUCCGAUCACCACUCGAGCCAUCAACGACCAGAUGAUGAAGCUGGAACAGGUGUUUAUUCUUCCAGCAGGUCUGCCUGGACGACCACAAAUCAGACACGCUGUGUUCGCCCCAAGUCAGUUCGACAGCUACGCCGCGUCCGGCUUCCCAGGCAUUACCGACUUGCUGCACAACAUGGAGACGUUGACCGACACAGAGCGUCAAGAGAGAGAGGAACAGAUUAAGAGGCAUGUCUCCGACCUGACCAUUAUGAUGCAGAGAGCCACCAGCUUCUUAAAGGACUUCCAUGUCAUCUAAGGAACACCAUUUUCCUUUUGUCAUUUUCUCUCCUCUUAUUCACCUCUUCAGUUUUUUUUUUUAGUCGCCAAUGUAUCUUAAACUUGGACGCUGUCGAUGAGUCGAGCCUGGAAUCAGUCCGAGCUCGGUGAGUAGAACAACUCCCGGAAAUUUUCUACAAGUAACCUCUCCAGGUAUGGUGGAACCUAGUAGUUGCUUGAAGAAUCUUUUCAUAAUCCAAGAAUGAUAAGAGUAGCUGUAUUCCAGUGUUCUGUUGUCACAGUCUUUGUCAUUCUGUGGUACUUUCUUUAAAUUGCUUUCUCGUGGACAACAUAAACAGCCUUUUAAUGACCACUUCAUUGAUAAAAAAGUCAUGAGCAAAAAUUUUUUUUAGCCAUCUUGGGUGUUGCCAAGAUUCUUAUUUAAUGACUUCCUGGCCCAGAUACUGGUUGACACAAGAGUACCUCAGGGUUUGUUGUUAGUCUUGUCUCCUUGUAUCUAAGACAGAUUCUCUGUCAAUUUACAACUUGCCUCUUAAAUUGAUGUCCUAAAAUCUAGGAUAUAUAUAUUUGUAUCUCAUUUAAGAAUCCUUUCAUAGUAGACCUAAAUCCUUUUACUUAGUACUGCACACUUAAUCCAUAAUUUUACCUUAUAGUAUCUCUGUCUCUCAAUGUUUCUCUCGGCUGUCAUUUCUAGCACAUCUCCUGCAUGGACAACAUUGACACAAAUAUUCCCUAAUAUCCUAGCCGCUUGAGUCACGAAAAAGCGGCCGAAGGAUUUUUUAGUAACAAAAUGCAAUAUAUGAUAUUGUUCAUAUGUAAUUAUAUAUUAUAUACAUAUAGAUUUAUACUUGAAACUUGUAAUUUUUUAAUAAUAAUAAUAUCCUCCCAUGUA